AUGUCGCGUCAACAUACAAAACCUUCUAUAUGUUUUUGCACAAAGUACACUAUUGAAACUAUGAGAUCAUUUGGACAAGAACCUACACUAACUGAAUUAACUCAAGCCAUUAUGAAUGAAGCAAAAUAUAGUGGAGAUUGGUCUGCAGCUACUACUUUAUUUCAAGAUUUUGAUAAAUUGGUCUGGAAGAGAUUGGCACGUUUAGGUAACGAUAUCAUGAAUUUGGAAAAUAUGGAGAAGACGCGGGAUGAAACAAAUAAUAAGUUAACGCUUACGCAACUUUGGCUUGAGACACCUGUCGCCUUACGUCCAUUAAGUAAAACUGAAAUAAAAUAUGUCCGACAAGCUUACCAAAUAAUGGUACGGUACUCACCAACCAUCAAAGAUGCAACUAAAUAUUAUUUACACUUACUCACAAAUCACUUGGACACACCAAUUUUUGAUGAUGAGUGCGUUAGUCAUUGUUUGAUUUCCCUCAUCUUUUUGAUUUCUAAGAGUAACGAUAUUGGCUUCAUGGAAAAAGGACUAGAACUAGUGCAGAUUGCCUUAAACCGAAACUUACAUGAUAAGCAAUUGGAAGUGUUGGCUGAUGUAUCAAAAGAAAUUUUUGCGCACUACGGGUUGCAGCUUAAUAAAAUUCAUAGUUCAUUAGAGAAAAGUGUCUCUUGUAAUCAAAUAACUGCUUAUGAUGUUAGCAGCUUGAUAGGUUGUAAAAAGGGUAAAAAAAAUAGAAAACAUGAUAAUCGUUCUCUUAGAAUUCCAGAACUAAUAUCAGCCGAUCUUAUGGAAUAA